UAUGUAUCUCUCACACUGUGAGCUGCAGCCCUGAUCCUCCCCAGUGCUCUCUGCCUAGCACUGUAGAACCUGCCCACUCCUUGACUGUUUGUGGCUGUGUUGCUUAGUAGAAGGAAGACUGGGGGCGGCGCAUGAGAGCCUUGCAAUCUAUGUAUAUUCUCCUGAUCCACAUUAUUCCACUCUCCCUACAGCAGAGCUGGGAGCAACUGGCAUCCACAAGGAGUUUAUUCUCACCGAGCCCAGGGAUUUAAAAGCCUUCUCCAUCCAAGUGGAACUGCAUAAAGCCUGCUUCCUCUGUUUCCUCUGUGCCAGGAAGAUCUGUAAAACAUUGUAGCAUUUGGCAAAGUUCUAUUCAUUCUCUCCCCUAUCACAGACCUGCUGGGCUGCCUUUGUGCAUGUCUACAUAUAUAUAUAUAUGUAUUUUUUUUUCUUUUGGUGUGUAAAUGUUGCAUGCUUGGGAGGGGUGGGGGGUGCAGUGGAGAUCUUGCAGGCAGGUGACUGGCGUUUGAGAGAAGAUCAUAGAGCUGCCUCAGUGGGCUUUUUUGCUGUUUAUCUGACCUAAGAGCCACCUACCUACCGACACCAGAACCACCAUGCACAGUCUGAGCCUUGUCUCCUGCUAGAGAUCCAGGAUAAGCCAGGAAGAAGAAAAAAAAAAAAAGAGGAAGGGGACCUUCUGUAAACUGGCAGCAGAUCCACCAAUUCUGUGGGGUGUUGUUUCUCCCCUAAGGGAUGUUACUGAUUCCCCCAAAUACAGGAGCGUUUUUGCAGCUCCUACACCAAGACAUUGCAUUGUCAUUGAGUAUUAAGUGCUGCAGAACGCAAUGAGGUGCUGGGGUUGGAUUCUGCUGCUAAGCCUUUGCUACCUGUCACCUUCAUCCUGCGAGGUAGGUCUGUGGUCCUACAUUGCUGUGUACGUUUAGCUACAUAUAUUUACUAUGUGCAUUUAAAUAUAUAUUUUUAAUUAAAGGUUACACGUAAUUUGAUUAAUAAUGUUAUUUUGCAGCCAUAAGGUGGAGAUAUUUGUUUUAUUGCCCUUGUAUUAAGCCAUGAAUAGCACUGAAUCUAUGUGCCAAUUGCAUGUCAUAGAAACACACCUUUAGCCAAGAGGGUAGAUUUUCAAUGUUAAAGAAAAUGAUUUAGAACAUUUUGGGGAGCUUGAUCACUCUGUCUGCAGGAGAGGUUCAUCACAGCAGCUACAUAGUAAUUCUCUCCUCUCUGAAGGUUCCAUGACUUGGCAGAACUGCACAAUGAUUGACUCUAGUGCAUCUCAAGAGGUUUUACUGCACCAGACAAGGUGGAUGGACCUUCUAGCUUGAUUUCCACUGACAGCAGACCAUAGCAGUUAACCUGAUCUAAGCACUACAUUCCCCCCCAGACCAUGCCUAAACAAGAUCAGAACAUUUCCUGCACAUUUCAAGGCUACCUGAUAUACACAAACACACACACACACACACACACACACACACAUUUUUUGCCAUGUCAAGCUGACCCACACAAGUGCUAAAUGUGAUCCCCUCCCCCCCCCCCACCAUUUCUUGCCAAGCACAUCUGUCUUCUUAGCAAAGUUGUAAGCUAUAAUUAAUCUGGAAUUGUUUGUUUUGAUAUUUUAGACCUGCUAGAAUAUGCCAUAUGAAAAUCGCACUGCAGUUUUGAGGUUUAAAAAAAAAAAUCAUUGAUAAUCAAUUUAGGGAGUGUUGAAGCAGUAUGUGUGUAACAAGAUUUCUUACAAGGGUGCUAAAGAAAGCAGGCUUAUCCAAGCAGAUUGGAAGGGGGAACAAAUCUAAGAUCACACAGGUCAAGUGAAUGCUUUUUAAAGAAAUAUAUUCACCCACCCCACAGGUCUCCUGUUGAACCAGAAAUUAAUUAAGGGUUAGGGAAAUCUACCAAUCCCCUAUAGACACUGCUAUUUAAAGAAACAGAGUUUUUAAGAACAAAUUGUCUAGGGCUGGGAUAUAAUCUAGCAAUCUAAUGAGUCACGUUGGCAUUAGCAUGGCAGACAAAAUAUUUAGGAAUGUGGAAUGUAUAGGGUUUUUUUGUUGUUUGUUUUUUAAUCCCACGAUAUAUAACAAAACUAUUAAAGAAAAAUAUGUCACAAGACGAGACUUGUUCCUAAGAAAUAAUUGCGGAUAUUAGCAACGUCCAAAAAGGUGUAUUUAUUUAUUUCGUAUGUAUAGAUUUUUGUAGUUUACAAUAAAGAUGGUAAAAGGCUUUAAUAUUGUUUUAAGAGUGCAAUUAAUAUAUAAAUAUUUGCCUCUGCCGUGCUGAUAGGGUUAAAAGUGGAUUGUAUUAAUGGGUGCUUUAGAGUAAGUCUUGCCCAUUGCAUGUGUGAAAACCACCAGGGCUGACAAACUUUAAUUGCUGUAUUGUAGCUGAUAUAUUCUAUAAUACAGAGUUGAAAGACAAAUUGUGAUGCCUUUAGUGAUUAUUUUAUUUUCAAAGCCUUUAAGAGCAUAAUUCUCUGCCUUAGCUUGUCUGCAGAAUUUUUUAAGUGACUAUCUCAAAACCCAGGGGGAGCCCCCACCCCAGAUCAGGGUACAGACUGGCGUAAAACAUAACUCAGGGCGUGCUUAUUUGCCUGUAAUGCUUUUUAGAGAUUGAAGCCUUUUCCUUGAUGUUGACUUCAUGGCUAAAUUAAAGCAGUUACCUGUCUGUUUUUUUCAAAGGGUUUUGAUUUACACAGGGCUAAAUGUGGUGUUCUUCAAAGCAAGUGCUCAUUCUUUUUUCAAUAAUAGGUUUGAGAAGGGCAUGUCAGUUUGACACGGGCUUUUAACCAGCUCAGAUUAGCUAUAGAUAGAUAUAUAGCUAUAUAUUUACACCUUCACGCCGCAGGUAAUUGAAAAUAAAACACAGCGGUUUACCUUUUAAAUUGUACCUGGCUGUAAACAAUUCAUCCCCCCCCCCCCAAAGAACUUAGCCUUUCUGUGUUAGCUGAGCUCACCUGUAUGGUGUACCUUUAAACCGCCUUUAAAGCACAUGUGCUUUAUACACCUUUUUACCCAGAGUUGCAUUUGCCCCCCUAGGGCAGUCUUAUUAAAGCAUUUUCUCGUAAUUAUUACAUACUUGUGGUAAGAACAUAGAUAUGUCCUGUUGUGUAAUACUUCCGCUUGAACAGCUACAUAGGGAUCUAAAAUACGUGUUUAUUUUUUUUCUUUCCCCCACCUUAAGUCAAUUCAUUUGCAGAGAGUCGACCUGUUUUUCUUUUUCUGUAGAGACACUUUCUAAGUCCGGUUACUUUGGAUUGUCUGCCUUUGUUAUCCGACUGGCUGAUUUAGAUGAGAAUUGUGAAUGGCUAGUUAGAUCUAAAAGCAGUCAAAUUAAAAAAAAUUUCAGGGGGUGGGAGAAAAAAAUCAGAUUCUUGGGACUAAGGUAAACUAAAGAAACAAAGAUAAUGAACUUAUAAGAGGCAUGAGACAUUAUUUUUUGAUAUCACUUUUGCAAUUUUGUAUGUUUUACAAUAUUCUUACCGAAAAAAAAAAAAACCCCCCCCCCCCCUGGAAAUUCUGGAAUGUUAGUUAACAUGUUAAAUUCCCCCCAAAAAUAAAUUAUGUGCCAUUAUGGCUCUUAAAGGGUUAGUUUUAUUCCCUAAAUCUUUGUAAUGGCACAAAACAAACAUUAUUAUGCAAAUGCCAAAUAUUGAGGUUAUUUUGGCUCAAUUGCUAAUUUCCAUGUAAUUCAGACAAACUGUGGUUGUGUAUACCUAUAUAUGUUGUAUUUUUUUUUUGUCUUAGAAAUGUUUGGUCAUGCAAUCUGUUUGAUGUUGGAGAAUGCUUUAAUAUCACUAAAGAGAGGGAGGAUCCGGUAUCUAAAAGUUAAAAUAUGUAGGGUGUGAUAAGGAAGUGUGUUUUGUGGAUUUUGCUUUUUUUUCCUCCUAAAUAUCUUUAUUCCCUGGCGGCGUUAAGGAAACAGAGAUCCCCCAGGAGCUGAUCGAAAAACUGUCGCACAGCGAAAUCCACAGCAUCAGCGACUUACAGCGGCUUCUGGAGAUUGAUUCCGUAGGUAAAUUCAAUUUCUUUUUUACCUUCUCCAAAGCUCCAGGUAGAUGGGUGGCUCCCUGGUCACGUAUUAUAAUGCUCUAUCUCUUAGAAUUGGUUUGGAUUCUGCACGGUGGUGGGGUGGGGUGUAGGGAGGGCGGGGAUUGAGGGAUGAUAGUUCAGAUGAAUGAGUAAGGAGGCCAGAUUUCAAAGCCAUAAACAGCAGCUGAGCUGAGUCAAGCAUUGAUAAACCAACUAGGCUUAUAAUGAGUAGGUGUGGUGUUAUUCUCAAGGGAGGGAAGCCCAAACACAUUGCAAGCUUGCAUAGAAGGCCAGCUCUCUUCAUGUUCAUUGCCUGCUAUGUGAAACAAAGUAACACGCUACCAGAAGAGGAAGCUAUAAAUCCCGUAAGGCAACAUGGAUGAGAUAUUUAUUAUUUUUUCUAUUUAUUUUCUUUGCUUUUAUUUGGCUGUAGGUUUCAUGAGAUAUAUCUUCUUCUUCCUUUCAUUUUAUUUUAUUUUGCUUUUAUCUGGCUGUGGUGUUCAGUCGACCUGUUGAUCAAAGACUCAAAGUAUGAAAAUAGAAAUUUAAGGAUACCUAUGGAGAUAUCAAUGUUUGACUUUGAACUGUUUGAUAGCAAUAUUCUGGGAACAAAAAUGGUUUGAUGGUUGACAAUCAAUUGUAAUCAAUUUGCUCUGCUUGUACUGAACAUACCUUCACCCCAAACUGCAUAUAAAUUACUUUUCGUCUCGAUUGUCAAGUAUUCAGUAGUUGUAAACAUAAUGUUAUUUAUUUAAAUGCCACAUGGGUGUAACUGCAUUUCAGUUUAUUUUUAACUUCAUAUUGUCCCUUUAAGACCUGUACCAUUUUAUGUGUAUGUAUGUGUGUGUGUGUGUAUAUAUAUAUAUAUAUAUAUCUAUAUAUAUAUAUAUAUAUCUCGAAUCAAGCAUACCUAGUUUGUGCACCAAAGAUAGUGUUUAUGUCUUUGGCCUCGUUGUGUCUCUCCUGUCCUGAUUUUGAAACCAAAACCUUCAUCCAGUAGCAUCGAUAGAACCAUUAGCCAAUCAUCCUAACGUUUCUCAAAUUAAAGAAUGGGACAAGUGGAUCGCAGUUUGAAAAGGAAGGUAUAUUGAGUACUAGCUGCUUAGGAGACGAUGUGAAGCCUAGAACAUUACUAUCAUUGACCUAUUCAGAUUGCGCUAAAUGGAUGAUCUAUAAAUCGUCUUGAAGGGAUUAAUUUUAAGAGUAUCUGAAAAAUGGCACAGAAGAGAUGGAGGUGCCAAGUUCAAGACUUAUGGAAAAAGUAUUUAAAGUCAGGAGUGGCAUAUUUUAGAACUAGAACUGUUCAAGUCACAUUAUUUUGACCAAAUUAGUGAAAUCUUGCUUUUCGGGGGAUAAUUUUCUAGCCAUUAAAAACACAUAAAAAUCUUAAAUAUAUUGUUGUCAAGCAGUUUGUAGAACAGUGUAACUGUCUUUCAGGAAGAUAUUUUUUUUUAAACGUACACACCCGCCAAUGCGAAAGGGGUUGUUAAUAUUGGUGUAAAUAAUGUAGAAUUUUUUUUUUUUAUAAACAUGCAUAUUUAUUAUAUAGUUUAACCGCAGCCGUGUACUCUCAAGAAAAUGUUUUUGAAAUAAUGUGUUAUCGUGUUUAAAAAACAAAACAAAAAAACACCACGCUGUUUUUGUAAUACAAUUUCAACAUAUCCCUCUUAAAACCCUUUCAAAACUGAAAUAAUUAUUCCAAUUAUCUGGGAUUACGCGGCACUAAGCAUUUUAUAGUUUUCUACCUGUUGACAAGGAUAAUUUUUGUGAGCUGUAAACAAGAGGAGAUUAGACUUGGUGAUGAAGAGAGUUGAGAAUGGAAGCAGUAUUAAGAUCUUGUCUAUAAUGAAGUUUCUUUGGGUGGCACCUUCCCUUGAAUACAUGCCUUCAGCAAUUUUCUUUCUUUUGAAGUCAUGCUGGGAUCUCCUUAAUUCGGCCAUAGGCAUAAAUAAUAAAGAGUAAUUAUUUUUAGUUGUAGGGUAUUAAGACUAAUCAAUUGUGCAGGAUCAGCAAGCUUGCUGCAACAAGACUGCAAGGCUAAUUUCCUCUACUUCCAUACAAUUGUUAAGCAGAGUUGUACAACACAGAAAUCCACUUGUCUCGUUCACGUUUGCUUGCGUAUAAUUGGGAGGAUAUUUGUAUAGGGUGCCUUUUUCUGCUUCACAACCUCCCUCAUGCUGGCUGGUUUUGAGUAGGCAAUGAAGCAGGACAGUUACAGACGAAGCUGAUUGUGCAGAUUGAAGAUUAAAGACGCUUUUUAUCUCUUUGAAAAGAACAAAAACACCCCCAAAACUCCAAGCUUUCUUCAAUAAAGUCUAAGCGUGACUUUCAAUGCAUCGUGGUAAAACGGUUCCAUGUUAGUAUAUGUAAACAGAGCAUUGCGUGCAAAAGUGUAUGAAUGUGUACACAGCCAUAAGAUUCUCACAUUUUUAUUUUCAGUGAGAAACUUUUUUUUUUAAUUUUAUUUGAAUAAUUGUUGCGAUAAUAGACAAUAAACAAGGUUGACCAGCAAUGUAUAAAAUGAAUAUGUUGCACUUUUGGGAUUAAGUAUUCUAGUGGUCUCCUUUAUCAGAGAAGAACACAUGCGUUGCCUCCUAUAAGGUCUGUUGUAUUUAGGAGGUGUAUGUAGUAGGUGAUGGUAUUUGGUACUGAUGAUCACCAAACAGAACAGGAUGGUCUAAUUCAGUGAUGGCUAACCUUGACACCAUAAAUUGUUUCUGGACUACACUUCCCAUGAUGCACAGCUAGCUUUUAGAGUGUAAAAGCAAGCUGAGCAUCAUGGGAAAUGUAGUCCAGAAAUAAUUUAUGGUGUCAAGGUUAAACAUCACUGAACUAGUUUGAUGUUUUAUUGAAUUUCUUUUCUGGUUGUGGGUGAGCACCACCAGAAAAAAAAAGACGUUGGCCACGAUUGUCCAGUUUGAUGUUUCAUUGAGUUGGUUUGUUCUUACUUUUUGUGAUGACCACCAGAAACACUCCAGUAAGCAUUGUCUAGCCUGGUCCGAUAUUAUCUAACUGGUUGCAUUGUAAAAUACUCUAGUUAGGGUAUCCUUGUUUAAAUUUCAGUUUGUUUAUUUUGCUUAGCUGGUAGUCUGGCAGAUGAGCACACAUUCGCCUACUAUUGUCAUGAUCCAUAGUCAGCUGGCACUCUGAUCCCCUGAUAGAGGAAGCAAAUUUUAUCAUUCUCAAUCUUGUGGACUAAAAAUAGAACGUUUGACAUGUGAGACAACAUGAAUUUCCCAUUAACCACCCAUCCCCCCCACACACAUGUAACAGUCUUACAGCUUGUUCCAAAAUUUGCAUAUGCAAAUCUAAAUAUUGUAAUGCAAAUGAAAUUAAAACCUGUUACAUUUGGAUCUAUUUAUAUUCCAAAAAAUGGCAAGUGAACUUGAUGAUGACCAUCUAAUGACAUCGAUGCAAUGUAUUUAUUAAAAAGAUUGGUGAAAUAGAUCUCACUGGAAAAAUAUGCAUAAUUCUCGUCAUAUUGUGCUGUGGUUACAUAUUCAUUCGAGUUUUCUCGUUGAGGCAGAAGGAGCAUUGAUGAAAGUAAACUGAUUCUAUUUUAUCAGUGCAGAUUAUUGCUUGCCAGCAGACCCUGGUGGCCAACAACAACCGAAGAUUAAUAGAUAUCUCUGCUUAAUCAAGGUUAAAACAGAUUACACAAAGGAAGGUGUCACCACAAGAGGGGUCAUGUUGAUAAUGUAUCCAUUCUUCAUGGAGUUGUACUACUGAAACAUUAAGUGGUGCAUGCAUGCUGACAUGCACACGCUCAACCUGACACCGGUGUGUGAAGUGUGGAUUGAUGCAUGGUGCAUGCAUGCUUCAUAAUGCACUUGUGGUACAGUUUUGGCAGAUAUUCUGUUGGCAUUGCAGUUAACAAGUUUCAGAAGGCUACUAUCCUGGUAGAUCUGACAUUAAGACAUAUUGGAAUUCACCCAAGACAACCUUGAAGUAUGGAUAAUUUAUAAAAAUUCAUAGUCAAAGAAUAAUUUGCAAAGUCUAAAAAAUGUUCUGCCUUCCCAAGAAGCAAAUAAAUCUUAAAAUAAAUUAUUGCUUCAACCCCCUUUAAACAUAUCCCACAGAUAUUUACUAUUUAAAGUAACUCUAUAGCGUUAAGAAUACAAACGUAUUCCUAACAUAAUAUCGUUUCCCUUCUUAUGCUCUGCCUUCCUGGCUGAGAUUAUUAGUCUCGAUGAUCUCAGCUAAUACAAUGCUUUCACACAGAAAAGCAUUGGGACGGUCGUGCGCAUGCACAGCAAAAUGACCCACUGCAAUAAUCAAAUACUCUAAAUGAGUAAUUUGAACUGAAACUGAGUUAAGCUUGGUUAUAGCUGCACAAGUGCCUCAAUUGGCUAUCUUCCUACAAAACACCAAUGUUUAACAUUGUAGGGUUAAACAACAGGGACUGGGCACCAAGACCAAUUCAUUGAAUUGAAGUGGUCUGGGUGGCUAUAGUGUCCCUUUUAAAACUCCUUGGUUUUAUUGAUGUCUUCACUCUGGAAUGUUCCCGAGAGCAAUGAAAGGGUUAUACACAUUAUACACAUUGUUUUAUUAAAAUCCAUUAUGAAUCCAAAUAAAUCUUUUUUUUGGUUUGUCAGAAUAUUCCAUAAACCAGUUCUCAUGGUUGUAAGUUCUCGAGAGAGAAGGGGAGGGAUGAUAAGGAGGAUAUAGUGUGUGUAGAUGAGGGGAACAUUUAGUAGUAAGAGGAGAGAUGUAUCAGGGAGCAGACAGACAGGUGGGAAGCGUAAGGAGGGAAGACGAUCAAUUCAGUUUUAGGGGACUGCAUUUCAGUUAGUGGUGGGACAUACAUGGAAGACAACAGAGGGAUAGUUACUAAUGUAAGAUACAAAAGAUCAGGAGAAGUGAGGUUAAUCCUCUUUAUAUCAGCACAAGUGAUACUGGAACCAAGGUUGCGAGGAGAAGAGGUCCAGAAGGGAAAGAAUGGGAAAGGAAGAACUGUUUAUGGAAGCACACAAAUAGAAUGUGGAUGAUGUUACCAAGUAAGAAAUGACUGGAUAGAUAUGACACGAGCCAGACAAGAGACAUUCCAUGAACAGACCAAGGAAAUCAGGGCAAGAAGCAUCUGUCAACAGUAAAAGGCAGUAGAUAGUUUCCAGAGUGUUAGUAGGGAAAAUUACCCUUCUUAGUACAUGGAGAUCAUUUUGUUGGAGGACUUCGUUAAGGCUCUCUGAAUUGUGUGAAGUGGUUGAAGACUAGACUAAGAUAGCCAGAAAGGUUAUUUGAGUAGAACAAGUUAAUUAAGCACUUAAUUAAGACACAAACCACUCAAGUGCUUUCAAGACAGAAGGGAGGAUUACUGUUGGUAUAAUCGAAAUAUUGCAUGUAUUAUAGGAACAUGUUCUGAGUAGGAUUUGUCAGUUCCGGUAGGUAGAAAGGUUAAUGAGGUGUGUAAAUAACAAGCCUAGUGUAGAGAAGUGGGAAUCAAUGGGGUGGGUAAGGGUCAAAGGAGAAACUUGUAGGAAAUGAAAAGGAAAGAAAAUAAGAACUCUUCCACACUCAAAAACCUUUAUCAACGAAGUCUGGGACAUUUGGAGAAAGAAAUUAUAACAUAAUAAACAAUGAUAUAUAUAUAUAUAUAUAUAUAUAUAUAUAUAUAUAUAUAUAUAUAUAUAUAUAUAUAUAUAUAUAUAUAUAUAUAUAUAUAUUGUAUGUAAAGUACACAAAAAAAAACCCUUUAUCAACUCAGUAGAAGACUAUUUGUGCUGCUUCUUGUAUACCAUAAAAGUUCAAUACGAGGCUGAAAUGUCUCUUGUCAAAAAUAUCUUUAGAUUUGCAACAUUAUGUUUUGCAAAUUAAAAACAAUAUGUUGAUGCUUUUCUGCAUAGGAGAAAGCCGGGACUUAAUUAGUGAUUGAUAAUUAAGCUCUAUCGAGGGAGACAUGUAAGAAUUUCCUUUUAUCGUCUGUCAUCUCCCAACUUUUAGCUUUUUUUUUCUUGUAUUGUUCCUAACAGUUUAUUUUGUUUUGGAUCUGUGAAUACAGAAAUAUCUGAUCACCUGGUGCAUGUACUAAUUUUCAGCAUAUAUUUCCUCUAAUCAAUGGAUGCUUCAUGGUUUAAAAACAUUGAUGCACACAACCUUGAAAAUGUCCAAUUUCUUUGUGUAGCAACUACAGGUAUAAUUACAAUAUCUUGAUCGGAAUAAAAUACUACUAAGCUGUUAAGUAUAUUGUUUUAAAUUGUUUAUACCUGGUCAUUCUAAGCGUGCAGAAUUGCAUUAAGAUGGGAGUCAGGUAGAUGAUCUCCCCAUGAUUGUAUAUAAGCUCAUAGUUCCAAAUGGAAUCUUUACUACACCAAACCUGGACGGCUAAUGGCAUUGAUAUUAAAUGAAGAAAGUAUUCACUCAAAAUAGAAAUAAGGACAGGAUGAGGUUCAGUUUGGAUUGCUAUAAGUGGAGCAUAAUUGUACAAAAGCAAAGUCUGCCUAAAUUUAUCUUCUUUUUUUUAGAUUGGCAGGUGCACUGUUGUCCCUUGCCAAUAAAGAUAUUCUAGCUCUGUUCGGGAAUAGCUUUUACAUGCAUUUUUAGCACAUCCGGGCCCUUAAUCCUGUGUGCUUUGUGGGUUGGCACCCAGUAUCUUAAACCAAAAUAAAGAAAAAUAUAAUACAUUUUUUAUUUUUUUAUGUUUUUUAUCUUUGGUACAACUUAUCACCAUUAUAAUUUCGUUAGCUUGUUUAAAUAGCUAAAUUACAAAUAAAGAUCGAUGAUUGAUAAGAACCAAUUAGCUCUUCUGUUAUGCCGGUUUCAUAUCUAAAAACCCAAACAUCCUUCUAUCUGGAAUUUGUUUUCUAUGUUCUAUUCAGGACAUCAAGAUGUCUUUGCCAGUUUUAUGACCAUCAUUUAGAGUGUGGUUUGAGGAUCUAUAUUAAUAUAUGUGAAUAAGUCCUCCUGAAUUGUUCUAUGCUACUUUACCUUCAGGGCAUGAACCUUGUGUGUUGUAGCUGUCUUUUGGUGCAUUAUUUGCAUUAAGUUGUUACUCAUGCAUUUUGUAAUGGGAAGUCAAAAAAGUAUAGUGGCAGUGUGAGCACCAUGACUACUGCAUGGGUCUGGGUCCACCUGUUUUGAAGGAUGUUGACCGAAACUGGGGGCUUCUAAGGCAUAGCCCCCACUCAGAUUGCAGAUCGCAAAUACUGAAAUUCUAAUUUGCAAUAUCAAUUUCUUUCACAUUUACGUGGCAGUGAUAGAAAAUAUGAUAUUUUGUAUAUAAUGAAAAUUGGUCAAAUUCCAUUUUGUUUCUGGUUUCCUUUAAAUUAAAGUUGUGUGGAAAGGUUACUGAGAUUCAACCAGACGUUCUUAUAAUUAAUAAAGAACGCAGUUGCUGGAUGCCUGUUAUAAUCUGAGGAAAGCGUGUGUAGGCUUGGCCGAGGUGCUGUUUGAUUAGAUGAGCAUGAAAAUAAUAUGCGUCUUCAUCUUCGUGUUGGUCCACAUGAAUUAUUGUGAAUUCAAUCAUGUUGUGUCUAUUCGGCCAGAUAGAUCAAUUCAAGGAGCCUUCCUCUCAAGCUUCAAAAAAAUGUAAUUGAGUUUUCUGGCAUUUGUUAAAAAGAAAUCCAAUUGAAAAAGCUUUCCAUGUAUGGCAGCUUAUUAUUUAGUUGACUUGGCUAGCCUCCAUUUUACCAUUUUGUAGGUAAUGAACAAGUUGCAUUUUCAGAUACAUUACGGAACAAGCCAGAACUAAUUGUCGUUAUAUUUUAUCCAUUCUCUAGACCUUGUCAGUACAUAGACACAUAAAAAAUUAAAGUGAAACUAUUUGGGUCUGUGCCACUGAAGCAUUGUAAAUGUAUGGCUGGCUACAUUCACCCCACGCCCAGAAUUAAAUUAGUCCACAAAGGAACAUGGUAGCCAAAAUACAGCAACAAUAAACCAUGAACAAGGUCUCCUAAAAUGGCUGAUUUCCAAACAUGAGUAAAGUACAUGCGUUGUACAUUGUUGGUGCAAAGGUAGAUCUUCAACUAUUGUGCAAUUACCAUAAUGCUUUGCCAGUUGGGGAUAUACCACUUGCCCAUCCCUGCAGAGUUGUAUUUGUGAGCAGUGCUGAUCUGUUUGAAUGUAAGCAUGUUUUUGCAUGGAUUAGAUGUGUGAAUAUAGGGGUGUAUUUGUGUUUAGUGUUGGCAUUUGAAUACAGCUGUUUAUUUGUAUUUACUAUUGCCAUUUAGAUGCAGUGGUGUAUUUGAACGCAGGUGUGUGUAGAGUUGGCAUUGGAAUGCUGGGAUUUAUGGACAUAUACAAAUACACUGCCACUUAUUAUUAUUAUAUUUAUAUAGUGCCAACAAAUUCCAUGGCGCUUUACAAAGGGUGGACUUACAAACAUAUAAUUGUAACCAGACAAGUUUGACACACAGAAACAUGGGUUGAGGGCCCUGCUCAAUGAGCUUACAUGCUAGUGGGAGUGGGGUAUAGUGACACAAAAGGUAAGGGAAGUUUUAGGGAAGUAGAUUGGUAGAAUAGUACUCAAUGAACACUUUGUGUGCGUGUUUUGUUUUUUUUUGUGAGCCAUUAACAGUUUAAUUGAUACGCUUUUGUGAAAAAGUGAGUUUUUAAUGAUUUUCUGAAAUAGUGGAGACAGGGUGAGUGUCUAACGGAAAAGGGAAGGGAGUUCCAUAGGAACGGUGCAGCUCUAGAGAAGUCUUGAAUGCGAGCAUCAGAGCUGGGAGUAUGAACAGAGGAUAGAUGCAGGUUUUAGGCAGAGCGAAGGGGCCUUGACGGACAUACAUUUACUGACACAGAUACACAUACAGAUACACACAUAGAACACAUAAAAAUACACACUUAGACCAACACAUAUACACAUACUAACACACACACAUUCAGGGCAUUAUUUGCAUAUUUAUAGCCACCAGUGGUGUCUGGUGACAUUUCAGGUUGGUUGGUCACAAUCUUAAGUGACAGGCACCUGCUGUUGGAGUAGUGUGUGUAACUAUGUGGCUGGGGUGCUGGGCUUGGGGCUGCCAGGGUCUGAGGGGCCUGUAACACUGAAGUAAGGCAGACACCUCUUCUAACUCUGUGUGCCUGCCUUAAUUUGCUAUAUGGGGGAGCUCAGGGUCUAAAUGGAUGGGGGAGCUGGGUGGCAGGCACAGUAAGUGUGGUGCUUGCCCGUGUAACAGAGAAGGGAGCCAGCCGGUCAUGCUAUGUUUUACUUCUCACUAAUGGUGUGCGGCAGGCACGGCUGUAACAUGAGGUGUCUGCUGAUCUGCGUCUCUCUGCCGGUUCAAUAAGACCAGGCAGCGCAGGAGCCAGCAGUGGAGUGCAGAGAGAGGCAGAUACUUCCUUUUAUCAAACAGACACAUUAAAACUGGUAAGGGACUGCAUCAGCUGCCCGUAUGAAAAAGCCUGCACUGAUAGCCAUUCUCCUGUUUCCAUACCUUUUGAGUGCAGGAAGGUGGAUUCCUUGUAGUCUAAUGGGAUCUGGCUGGCUGAGGCUGCUGUGAGUCUGAGACUGGUCCAACGCUCUCACCCCACCUCUGCCUCCUUCUCUGUCUCCCUUCCCUCUCUUUUACCUAGGAGGAAGUCACAUAAACUCACUUCCUUCCAGCACUGCCAAUCUAAAGCUCGGUUGCAUUGUUAAAUUCUAUGGUGAGCCUCAUUAGACUUGCUCAUUGUGGGGUCCUAAGUGUGUGAGACACCUGUGGGCCCCGGUGCCGGUGCAUCGUGUACCCUUGAACUAGCAACAUGGUUGUGGUUAUUUAGUUAAUUAUGACACUUAGAAAAAUGAUCGGGUGCUGCAGCCCAAAUUUCUAUAAAUCGCGACCUCAAGACCUUAUUUUGUGCUGUAUGUCCAUGUAUAACUUACCCCUUUUUUACCCAUCGUAUUGCCAGCUGCCCUAUUUUUAGAGGCCAUGUAUAAAUGUAUGUAUGUACAUUAUUGAUAUGGAAGGAAAUCUAUAAAUUAAUUAAUGCAGGGAUAUCAAAAGAACUUUCAUAAAUAUGUAAAUCUCAAUGACAUAUUUAAUUAGAUCCAGACAGUUAACAUGUCCUGGGCCGGCAGAUGCAAAAUUUACAUACAGGGAUAAAAAAACGCUAAAAAUAUUUCCUAGUGAUUUGUGACCAUGUGCUCAUAUGUGGAUAUGGUGAUUUAACAAAGACCAUAUUUUAGUGAAAGCUAAGCUUUUAGUAGUUGUGGACUUUUCUUAUCAUUAUGUACAGUUAACUGAAUUACUCUCUGAACCUCAUGUGUUUGGUAGUCCACAACAUUUGUUGUGUAAAACGUUAGUACCAGUGUACUUUUUGGCAGCAAACCACAGAAUGCAAUAGUGCCAUUUUUUGACCACGAUUUAAAUAUUUUUUUUUAUUUUUUGAUUAUUCUUAUUUAGCCCAUUAUACUGAAGCUUUUACAUAGAAACAUAGAAUGUAUUUAUAGUUAAAUCCCCCUCUUAUAAUAUUGUAAAGCGCUACAGAAUCUGUUGGCGCUUUAUAAAUGGCAAUUAUAAUAAUAAUAAUAAUAAUAAUAAUGUGCAAGAAGAUAAGAACCAUUCAGCCCAUCUAGACUGCCCAAUUUUCUAUUAUUAGUCCCUGGCCUUAUCUUAUAGCUAGGAUAGCCUAAAGCCUAUCCCACGUAUGCUUAAACUCCUUCACUGUGUUAAUCUCUACCACUUCAGCUGGAAGGCUAUUCCAUGCAUCUACUACCCUCUUAGUAAAGUAAUACUUUACUUGGAUGCUGUGUGUUACAUUUAGAAACAAAUCUAUUCCGGAUAAUCGGUGCAGUCCAAUUGUAUUUGUGACCUUUUUUUUGCAAGGCAUGAAAUUAUAGGUGUUUAUUAAUUUGCAUUAAAUGCCAGACUGUGCCAUGAUGACCUUACAUUGGAUUCAGAACAUCUAACUUUUAAUUAGUUACUGGAAUGUUCCGUUGUUCGAUUACCUGCAUUUGGCGAUUCUGAUUUUAAUUUGACACAAUUUGUAGUUUCUAUAUAUUUUUUUUUCCAUUUCCUGUGUUUUGAUGAAUAAACUUGGUAGCAAAUUUUGCUAUAAAAAAGUAUAGCACUAUUCACUCAGAUGUUAACUGCAAGUUACAGGCCCCUAUAAAUGGUAUAAUACAUGAUUCUUGUGGAUGUAGAUUGGUUUAUUGAGAGGUUUGGCAGACAAUGUCUGGGUUGGGCAUUCUGGAUCAUAUUACUCCGUUCUAUGUAGAAAAAUAGCCUUUGUAAUGAGUCAUUACCUGUAAAAUGAUAGCCUUUUUUAGAGACUAAGAAAAACACAGUGGUCUAUUCAACAAAAACGUCUUAUUCCUCAAAGAAUUAACACCUCUGGUAUUAACUGAGUAGCUCUAGCUUGGCCUUAUCCAUGUCACAAACUUAGGAAUCCUCGAAAGAUCUUUGGAUUUAUCACAAUUAAAAUAAUUCAUUCGGGUUGCUCCUGGUUUUGGCAACCUAACUUCGUAAUUAAAAUGUGUUCAGUGCACGGCCUGGCCAAAUGUAACUUUUCAAAGGAAAAAACAUUCUGAAACUAAGGUCAAUCCAAUAACCUUUAUUGCGUGUGGUAGGUGUGAUAAGAUUGGUUGGCAAGUAUGAUAAGAUAUACUCAUAAAGCUACACAUUUCUACAUUAUUCCAUCAGAGGUGAUUUGUAUUUUGAUUGACUCACGAGAAGGCAUAUCUGCAAACUGUGGCAAGCUACGAAACUAGAGACUUGAGUUGACAUAAAACAUACCAUCCCAAAUAGGACCACCAAACUCAUUAUUUGGAAUGGUCAACUUUGUAUAGAAUAAUAUAUGCUGAUAACAGAAGCUAAAUAAUAAAAAAUCAAGGAACUAAAUACUAUUAGAGCAAAGAGUAACCUGUGCAAAAUAUACAAAUUUACUGAAAUAACUUACAUUUUUGGAAGACCUGACUGUUGGCUUCUAGACUGAACAACAUGUUAUUAAAUUGGGGUACAGAUGUUUAAAAGGUCAACCAGAAUAAUGAUAAAUAACUCUCAUUUCAUUGGGAUAUUUAAGACAGAAGGGUACCUCAACCUAAAAUUUGUACAGUGAACCUACAGUGUAAGGUCAUCCACACAUACUGAUACAUUGAACCCAUUCACAGGUUUGGCAGGGUAGGGCAAUACCAUUUGCAUCUCAAUGUGUUAUAAGAAACAGAACCGCUCCCUCAGUUUAAUUUGUGGACUGAGCAAGUAGUUCUCUCUUACAUUUUGUGUAUAUAGGAUGUUGCGUAGGAUAUACUUUUUGUAUUAACAAAUAAAAUCGAUCGUCGAUUCCAUUUUUGUCUAUUUAAAAAAAAAAAAAGAAGGUUCUCUUUUUAUUUUUAUUUAUUUAUGCUCUGCUCACAAGUGUUUGAGAGACAUAAUAAGGAAAACAUAAACUGUACCAGCAGAUAUUAAGAUAAAAUGUCCCGAAACAAAUUAACCCAUGAGCCGAGGGUUUUAUGUGUUUAUGAGCUAAGGCUAAGUUUAUGGGGACCUACUGGAGACUGGCCCUAAGCUAAAGUUCUGUAGGCUGUGCCAGAAAUGCCUAGGUCAUUACAAGGAGGUCUACCGCAAGGACUGUGGCUGAGUCUGAGUCAAUUAAGGGCAGCAUGUUUGGAAGGAAGGUGCUUUUUCAUUCUGAGCUUGUUGCUUACCAACAAUUACAUUUCCAUUCCCCAAGGCUUUCUUCCCUCAGUAGGCAACGUGGAAAUAUUCCUAAGGUCCUCCAUUACAAAGUUCCUGACGUCCAGUACCAAGGCCAUUGGCAAAAACUAGCAGGAUAAGAACUGGGGGAAAUAGCCUUAGUAGACUGGAGUACGAUACAGGGACGGGUAUUUGCAAGUGAAAAAGGCCCCUUGCUCUAUAUACUUGAGAAGAAAUUUUAUAUCUGUAUUUUCUUUUAUGCAACCUGCUAUUGUGUUUUUUUUUUUUUUCCCUACCUUAAACUUGUUAAUUUUUACUUCACAGGAAACGAUGAUGCUUCAGGAACAAGUUUAAGAACACAAACACACAACCUCCAUCAUAAUAGACAUGUACAAGAGAAGCGUUCUGUGCCGAGCCGCAGAAAGAGAAGCAUCGGUAAGCAUGUAUUAAUAGGCAUAUAUUGCAGAGGUGUGGAACCUUGGAUAUCCAGCUGUCAGAAGCUGGCUCAGAAUUCUGGAAUGUGUAGUUCAACCACAUCUGCUAAGCCAAAGUUUAAUUCCUCUGAAAUAGUGUGGGUUUAUUGUAUCUAUUUUUAUUUCCCUUCUUUUUUUAAGGCAUAAUAAAUAAAUGUAUACAUUUAAAUAAAAUAUUUACAUAAUAAACAUGCCCGUGUAUACACAUUGAGAAUUUCAGAAUCUUGUUCUUUAAUUUUUUUUUAAAUUCCUUUAUUUUUAAUUUUGUUCAUCUGUGGGAUUAAGCAUCAUAUGUCAGCCAGAAGACCUCAUAUGUUAAAUAUUAUUAUUAUACUACUGAAAAAUUAAAUAAUUCUUUGUGGUAUUUCUAAUUUGCCAAAAGUAAUUGAGAUCAUUCUGUACCAAUUAUAGUCUAGAAUGCUCCUAUUGGCCAUUACCGUGUUCUUUAUUAAAGAAAGAAUGUUAUUUAAAAAUAAAAAAUAAAAAAAUUAAUCUCGUUAGUGCUUAAACUAACAGUUACCUAUUUAAAGAUUGAUUUUUUUUUUUUUCUAUAAAGUUGCACUUUAACGUCAAUAAAUAAAUUCAAAUUCUCCUAGUUGCAAAGAAAUUGUAUGAAAUAUUUUGAAUUCAAUUUAUUUAUUCAUUUUGCAAUAAAAGUAUUGACGACAUUAAAUGUUAAGGGAUAUAUGAAAAUUUAAGGGAAUUGGUUCCUAAAUGAGUGAAAAAAUAAACCAGAAAAAUUGUGUAAAAGAUUGUAAUGCAAAACAAAGGGAAGGAGAAUUAAGAAAGUCCACCUGUACUGUAUAUCAUGCUACAGUACUUUGCGUGUUGCUUUCGGACUAAAGAGGAAAGGGGCCAUGAUCCGUGAGGUGUGGGUUUUCAUGUUUUCCACGGUGUUCAUAUUUUUAUAACAGUGUAUUAUUUCAAUAAUUUUUGCGAGGUUUUUGUAUCUCAUAUCUGAACUUCUUUAUAACUUUACCUAUCUGUUACAUAUUUACACACAUGAGUGACAAUAUUCUUCCAAACUGGAAAUAUCAGGUACAAAUUAAUUAUGAAACAGACGUCAGGGGCAGCACUAUUGCUGUGAAACCAUAUAAAAUAUUGGAAUACUCAAGCUACUGCAGAUGUGUCACAUGACCAGUGUUGACAUCUGACGUGCCUCACUCCAUGUGCACUUGCUGGGACCUUGACAAUCAGGUCACAUGACCCUGUGGACGAGGCUUUUUUCUUCCAUGUUACUAUACCAUAAUGUCACCUUAGCUUGAAAAUUGGAUAUCAGAUUUGUGAUAUUAUAAAGAAGAGAAACCUUUGAAAUAGUACUUACCAUGUUAGUAAUUCACUUUUCAACCCAAUUCUUAUUUAUUUUAUAGAGGAAGCUGUCCCUGCGAUUUGCAAAACAAGGACUGUUAUUUAUGAGAUACCUCGCAGCCAAAUUGACCCAACAUCCGCAAAUUUUCUGAUAUGGCCACCGUGUGUGGAAGUGAAAAGGUGCACAGGUUGUUGCAACACCAGCAGCGUCAAAUGUCAGCCAUCACGGAUACACCACAGGAGUGUCAAGGUAAGGAACCGCGUUCUACUCAUUCUAUACUGAGAUAUUGGACUUCUCAUGAUAGUUCUCUUUAAAGAUGAAGUCAUGUCAAAUGUGUGAAAAGUCCUUUUCUUUUGUCCUGGAAAUGUAAAAUUCUCAGUAUUUGUUAGCAUAUAAAAAUAUUAAUGGGAUAUAGCGACAGAUUUCAUAAACAAAUCUGGGGCUAAAGACAACUUGGUAUUGACCCUCUAAUCUGAGAUACAUGCGCGUUAUUAAAGAAUAUUAAACUUUGUGAGAAAGAGCCAUUAACUCAGACACAACACAGAAGCUGGGUGUUAUAUAUACUGGGAUACCCCUGUGUUUUAUUGGGGGGAGGUAGUCCAUUACUAGUGUUGUGGUUAUGGUGUUUAGAGUACCGCUUUAACAGUGAGUUCACAACCGAAUUACAAAGUGUAGGUCGUAACAGCGGAGUUGGUAAAAAAAAAUAAAAAAAUGUUUGUCCUAAAUUUAACCACAAGGUCUAAAUUUCCCAGAGUGCACUGUUUAGUGAGGAAACCCACAGGUAUUUUCUGUGAAACGGCAGCCUGUGUUUAUACUGUGAUGCACUGAGGGAGGGUCUGUAAAAUGUCAGAAGGUCAAAGUGGAUGUUAGGAAAAGGAUGUCGGUUGAUUCUGGAAUCUAACCCCCAUCACCUACUUAUUAAACAAUGAAACUCAGUGUGCGGUUUACCACAGCACCAUCGUACUAAAGAAUUGGGCUAUUUCAAAGGCAGUAUUUUGCAAAUCUGGCUGCCUUUUGUGUGGCGUCAUUUAGCAAAUUUUUCGAGAGGGUCACAGAGGAUGUGGUAGAAAGUGUACUGGUGGCCGGCACAUAGUUUUCAUGGAAUAUCUGCUUGUGCGUGCAUGAUGCCUUGCUGUAUAAAGGUUUUACUAUUUUUUGAUCAAACACGUAAUUGUAUUUAUAUUUUUUCCUUCUCUCCUUGUGGCUGAGCCCAUAGCACAGAGAUCAAACUGUGUAGCUGAGAGGUUAGAUGGGAACACUUACUGAUAAUGUCAGUUCUGAAAAGUAAAUCUUGCAUAGCUUAGUAUUUUCACUUUAAGACAAAACAUUUUAAGUCCAAAAACAUCUCAUUGCCUACAAGUCCUCUAUUAGGUUGCAAGUGUCUAAAAGUGGUCAGAGGCAUAGGCAAUUCGGAAGCCUUAAAGGUAUACUAUUAGUGCUAAGAAUACAAACCUGUUUUCCUGCUACUAUGGCCCCUCUGCCUACACCCUCCCUUGCAUCUCCCCUUUUUAGGUGAAUAAAGGAUCAAAAAUCCUUUAUUUACUUACUCCACCCCAGCACUGAAGUUCCUUGGCGCUGGGUCACGGCUCUGCCUCCGACAGUGCUCGAUAAGAGGGCACUAAUGCUUUCCUAUGAGGAAAAAUCUGACGCUGAAUGUCCUCAUGCAGAGUGUGGGGACGUCCAGCGUCAGAUACUGUAUAAAGGUCCUUUAGGAUGCAGGAAGCGCCCCUAUUGGUUGUCUGGGAGACAGCCACUGGAGGCAGACUUAGAGCUGCAAUGUAAACACUGCAGUUUCUCUGGAACUGCAAUGUUUUACCUUGCAGCACUAAAUGCAAUAGGGACAAUGCACCCAGACUACUUCAAUGAGCUGAAGUGGUCUGAGUGCCUAUAGUGUAACUUCAAAUGAUCUUGCAGUUUUGAAUAAGACUCUGAUGUCUCUUCACUGUACCAACAGUACUUUGGAUCUCCAAUGAAAGGAUCUCAGAUUCUCUAAAAUGCUACCCACUCACAAAUUAAUAUAGCAGAACGUUUUAAAAAAAACGUUAAAAAAAACAACCAAACAACUUAAUUAAACUUCUGUGUAAUAAUGAACGCAGUUAAUUAACUGGGGAGGGCUUAUUCACUUAUCUUCCCUGCCCACCUAACAGUAGAGCGAACACGCUGUGCAGGGGGCGGUCUUACCUGUUAUGGCCCGGCAAAGGGUAAAGAGGGCGGCCAGGGUGGCUGAUAAUUUGCCUCACCAAGCGAACCUUUCACCGAGAUCUGCUGAAGCACUUUGUGCAAGGUCCAAGUGCUGCGUUACAUCUGCAUUUUGAAAUCUGCCAUCAAUUCAAAAUGCGAGCGAGGUUCCUAUGACUUAUCUAUGCGAGGACAAUACCCCAAAGUGCAGGACUAUCCCAGAAUAUUUGGGACAAUUGGCACCUAUUAAAAGUAUAUUGUGAUGAGCUGACAUCCAAAAAUAUAGGUUAAAACAUCAGAGUUGGAAACCACCUUCCUGAUUCCACUCGCUCUAUCACCUAACUACCUUAAACAGUAAGAGACUCCACUGUUGUAUAGAAUCAGUUGUCUUCCUAAUAGCAUUUAGAAAACGUCUAAAAAAAGUCACCCAUUUCAAAAACAUUUCCCUUGGCACUUUAAACCCCCUUAAUGGUUUCCUCUGAUCCCGAAUCACCAGUUCCUCCUAGAACAGCUCAUAUGACCUCUCCACUUCCUUAUAUUCUUUAUUACCAAAAUGUAUCCCCGUCACCCCCUCCUGCUCAUUGGCACUGCCGUAUAAGACUGAUACUGUAGGUAGGUAAUGCAUAUACAGGCUAUUAUGGGAAUUUAAAUGGUGACAAAAGGUCAGUAGAGUACAGUUCAACAUUUGAGACAAGUCAGCAAGCACAUUUUAUUACAGACUUCCUCAAAAUGCAGUUGUAUACUAAAGCAAAGGAUUCUGGGUAAACAUAUUUGUAUUUCCCAGGUAAAAGCAGAUUAUAAGUAAACUGAAUUGCACGUGCUUCCAGUUACAAUGUAUGUAUCACAGGCAGCCUGCGUAUUGCAUACGAUUUUUGCAAAUGAGUCAUCCAGUUAAAAUGCGUACAGUCAAAAAUAAUUAUAUGUUUAACAGUAACUCUAAAGUCCUGAUUUGGGGUUUUAGGCUAUUUUAGUGGGUCCCCACAGUUUCGAACAUGGAUAUAUACUCAUCAGGCCCCCGGCAACUGUCCAAAAUGCUACCCGAAUAUUACUCUUAAUGCCAUGGCCUUACCAAGUGCUGUAGAAACUCCUUCUAAUAAAGGUGAUUUUUCAAAGUUAUAUGGUUUUAUAUUAUAUUUCAACAAAGGUUAAGACACUGAUCAAGCUAAAACCAUCUGUAUAAUCUGAAUUUCCGUGAUAAAAAAAAAAAAAAAAGGCUGGAUAUCGCUGACUUUGGAUUGCCAAAAGUUAGCAAGCUGUCUUCGAGGAGACUUAAAAACACUUCCACACACUUGUCCUUGAUUUACAUCUUGUACUCUUUUGAAAUGUGUCAAAAACCUGUACACAUAUUUACAGGCUGUGUAGAAUCUUGUAUAAGAAUGAAAAUAUGUGGUGAGAUGUGGCGUUCGUUCACGAACAGCUGGAGUGAUUGAUCACCAUGUCUUGCUUUUAAAGCGUCUGUAUUCCAAAGAAUAUGAUUUAAGUACAGGGAAUACGUUGUUACCGUAGCAUUUUUCUUAGUUGGUUAAUAUCACAAUUUUUCAUGGCACCCUUCUGCAUAAUUGGCACCAGCGAUGUGCUAAUUGUAACCAAACUGUUUAAGGAAACCCCCUUUUUUCCCCUUUUCAUAAUUAACGCCUACGGCCCUACAGCUCGCACGCAUCCUACCCGUAUUGCGGUAAUUGACAUUUCCAUACUCUGAUAUGGAGGGUUUGUUUUGUGCUUCCAAAUCUUGUAGGAAGAACAUUCAUAAUUCACAUUUUUGUUCUUCAAUAUAAUGAAAGGAUUAAUUUAUUCCAAUCUAGCUCUUUUCAUAGAGACGCUUCGUUGUGCUAUGUUCUGAUAUGAAUGAACAUUUUUUUUUAAUUCACCCCCCUGCUAUUCUGUGACAUAAUAUGCAUGCUUUAAUAUAAGUAUCUAAAUCCCAUAUUGUAUUUUAUAUUGUACGGUGACUUCGCUAUUAUAAAGUUUCUGAAACAUUUUCCAUUUGGUUGUAUGACCUUGCACAUGUUCUAACGAGAAUAGGUUACAUUUUAUGGUAAUAAAAUAAGUUGGGUUAUUAUUGGUUUGGAGACACAGCAGGGAAAGCUUGGUGCCUGAAAAUUCUAGUAUCAGCAACAAAUUACUUAUUUCUGAGUAAGUCAUUAAGUUGGAGAAAAUGGCAAAUGUAGACCUAACCUAUUUGUGUCCUAUUCUACCUGCAACAUAAGACCCCAUAUUUCAAUCAACCAAAGAGAGGCACUUUCAUUAUAGCUUGGAGAACACUGGCAUUCAUGACUAAAACACACAAUUAUUUACUGUGCUAUUUAUAAUAAAGGGAAGAUAUUUUAGCUCAGCUAUUUUUCUUACUAUCUUUUAACUAAAAAACAUCAGCUUUUUGAGCCUAUGAGGGGACAGCGAUCUGUUUACCUUUUGACUCUUGACCGUUCAAUUCCCGAGUUCUGCCCUACUUUCAUGAAGAUUAUUUCCUCUUUCGCAGUCUUAAAUUUAAUUCUGAGCUAUAUAUUUUGGCUGUUUUCCACCGAGUUGAAGCUAAUCAUGACUCUGCUAUGGGAAGACAGCUUCUGAACAUGCUGUGUGGCUCCUUAUUAUCAUAUGAAAUCUAGAGUAAAAAAAAAAAAAGACCGUAUUUUCCUACUGAGUAUUAAGGUCCUCAGAAUUAACCCUAUGAGACUCUAAUGGAUGUGUUUAUAACAAUUACAAAUCAACCAAGUGCUAGGCCCUUUAGUACUCUAUUUAAACAAAGGACAAUUUAGUAGUAGUAUUUUUCCAAUACUAGUUUUUGAUUCAGAUUUUGCAUAGAUGCAGUGUAUUUCGCUCUAGAAAGAUCUAUUUUUCAUACCCUCCGGUGUACAUCACUGCAGAGUGUGUUUUCACUUGCCCGCUAAUGACAAAAUGCAGCCCUGGUGAGUACAAAUGUAUCACUGUUGAGUGUGCCGUGGACUCUCCGAGCUUGCAGUGGCGAACAACAUUUUGGAUUGUCUAGUAGGGUACUACUAGACAUUUUGAGCCUUGCUCAAGCAUAUGUGCAUACAUUAUGGUACUUGCCUGGAUCUGGUACUUGCCUGUGAUCAUAUCUCACAUUUGAGGUAUGAAUGUGAGAUAGUGGAUGUAGAAGGCCAGUAGAUUGUCUGACCAUGGCGCAGUGUGUCACAUUUUAGCUUGCGUGCAUGCGCGUAAUUUCAGUUUGCAGUGUGAGAGAACAUCUAAUUAUCCUCUAUCACUGUGUCCCCAGAAGUAGAGAAUUAUGCAUAUAUUUUAAAAGACUGUAUUGUUUUAGAAUGUGAAUAAAUUAGUCAUUUGCAAUUGCAGCUAUGCUUUGAUUACUUGUAUGGCUCUUCAAACAAUCAAUAUCAAUUCUGGGCUCAGUCUCUGAUCAGUGAUAGUGAAAAUACAUUAAGGUGAGAAACUAAUGGCAGCUCAUAUCUACUAUAAUAUCCAGACUUCCUGGAGUAAUAAUAGUGAAGAUAUGCCUGCUGUAUAGGUUUGGCAAAGAUGCUUUAAAUUCUUAGGAUACAUUCUUUUAGAUAACCUGGACAUAAGGUGAAGCAUUGUUGCCUUUUAUAUCGAAUGGGUCUGGGAAUAGAGGCUCGCUGUCUGGAUACUGCAUCAUAAUUCUCUUUGAUUUACCCAGCAGCCUACCUUAAUAAAUCAGAUUAUUAAAAUCUUACAUAAUAGAAUACAUGUGAUGAAUGGUCAUAUUUUUUUAUUUGAUAAUCCCUCAGACUUUGAUGUUACAGUAAGUGGUAUAGGCUUCAGAAAUAAAACCAUAAUAAAAAAAUUUAAUAAAAAUAAAAUCUAAUCGCGAAAAUGAGUGUUCCUAUUUAUUGAAGAUAUGAGAGCAGCACAUGCACUGGCACAGGGGUCGACUGGCAACCAGAGUUAAACAUUAGGCUCUCUAAAGUGUAUUUCCAAUUUGUUACAUACAAAAACAUACUGUGUUAAAUUAGAGGAGAUUUAUUCAGGCAAAACAGGUGCUAUUCUGGAGCAAAGAGUUAAGUUUAGAGCAUUCACCAUUGAAAACAAUAAAAAUGCCUAUUUAAAAGGUUGUAUCCCGAAUAAUAUGUGAUUUGCCUUGAUAGAUUGAAAACUUUUUGAGUUUUUUAUUUUUAGACAAUUUUACUGAGGCAUUUAGCUCUAGUUAAUUUUUUUUUUUUCGUGGGAACCCAUUACAGUUCCUCUCGUUAUUUGGGGGUCGUAGAAAAAAUAUAUAAUUUAAUGUUUUUAUGUGUUUUUUGAUUUGAGAAAAAUUAAAGAUAUCUUACAAGGAGAAAUGGGUGUUUUUGUUACCCACUAAAAAAGUUUAGCUGCACUUUUAUUGUAAUGGGCUCCCAUUUUGCUUUAGCUGUGAGGCUGGCAAAGCAUCUUGGGAGUUUAAGUUCUUCAGCAGCUGGGGAUAUAUACCUCCUGGUUGCCUGUGACCUAGCAGGUGCCAUUGAAUGGAGGGAAGGGCUUGGUUUAUUGCAUUGUCGGAAUUUUGCAUGUGGCAUUACAUUCUUCCAACUGAUUUAGAAUUAUGGUGGACUCCCUAUAUGUUCUAAAUCGAAGGGAAUAAAAUGGUUAACAACAUUUAAACCCUUGGAUCCCUUUUCCUUCUUUCCUCUUGGCACCUGCAUGCUGUCUGUAUUAAAAAUGUGUUUGAUCGGCACACUUGAUAGCAAUUUGGCGAGCACAAAGUGUAAAUUGUUUGUCUUCUAAAGUGCAUUCGUAUCACCAUGCUCGGCCUAACUACAGCAAAGUUUAUUAUGCAAAAGCACCAAUCUAACACCCUCCCUGACUUUUGCACCAGUUAAUGGAAAACAGAUUUUGAUUUGAAAUGCUGCAAAAUGAUCAGACCUUCAGGAAGCAGAGCUCGGUGAGCAUAAAAAGUCAAAUAAUAGAAAUGUUAGUGGGUCAUCUAAAAUUACAACUGCAAUAAAGAACAUGUAAUAUUUUUAAAUACUUGGGAUAGGAAUGGAGUUAAAGCUAUACUUGGGCUGCCUUUCAUUGCAAGACAGCAAUGGGACAUAGAUGUCCUGAUUUGGCCCAAACUGGUAGGAGAGAUGUUUCUGAGCAGCUGUCUAAAUUUACAGCUACUUCCAUGAAUUUAGUGUCUCUUCCUUUAUUGAUAUGCUGGGAGAGGAGCUGGGGAGAAAGACUGACAAUGUACAAAUGAGUGCAAGAUUCAUGAUAUUGUGUCUGAAACACAAAAUGCAAACAUAUGUCCUCUCUCUUCUGUUCCUUCAUCUCAAUCUCUUUAAAAAAGGAAACUUAAAUUCUCAGCAACAAUUCAAAGCCUAACUCAAAUUCCUUGUUUUCUUAUUGUAACACCCACCCUGUUGUCCUUCUAUACCCCAGACAUUACCAACAACGGGCUAUCUCUCAACAAAAGGGCUUUAUCUCUUGGUAUUUAGAGGUUAUAGUUCAAUAAGAGAGGGCAGAGAGAGUACGAAGCUGUACGUAUUGAUUGAACUUGUAACAGGCCUGUGCUUCCACUAACUCAGUACCUAAUACUUUUCUAACUGCAGAAAAUACAAAAAUAUAUAAAUUUAUCCUUCUGAAUAUCACCGUCUUCCUCUAAAUAGAAAAGCCAGAGUUUGGAAAAAAACAAACGAAAGAUAGCCUACACAUCUUUGAAUCAAAUAAAUUAUUUAUUGCCUACUCUUGAAAAGUGCCUUUUAUGGUAAUAUUUUUUUUUUAACUUGGCUUCAAGAGUACGUGACUCAUAUUUUUUUGCCACAAAGUAUUUUGGGGAAUAAUGGAUGCUGUCACGUGGUGAUUUUAUGUCAAAUUUCCCAGAAAACAAAAGGAUAAAUGCUUUGUUUGUAGCUUAAUUGGUCUUUGCAGAUUUACGAAAAAUCUCAAAUCUGAAUGAGCUGCUUUGCAAACUAAAUUACUAUGUCGGUUCAGUCCAACUGUGUAGAGAUAACGCACAUAUAGAUAUAUUUAGGUUUUAAUAUUGCAACCAUACUAUCUGUCUUUUUCCAGUGCUGAAAAAGGGACUUUCCAAAAUCGUUCAUAUUUCGGCAAGCCAACUUAAAAGAUGAAUCUUGGCUGUGUAAUUAUAGAUCUGUUUCAGAAGUCUGUCUGUAUCUGUAGUUAUAGGUAUUAAUCAUCAUUUUGAUCUUUUUAGAGCUGUACAGAUCUUCCUUUCUUUCACGCCAGAUGACUCAAAUUUACCCGUCUUGAAAAGAAUUAACUGAGGGAGCGUAUUAUAAAAGAAAUAAAAACAUAUCGCUUCGACCCAAAGUUGACCCUACUCGCAAAGCAUUCUUGCUUGUCAGAGACAACUUUGACUUGUUCAAUGGAAAUCUGACAGGCUUGGAAAAUGUCUUCAAGUUAGACAUUUUUUUUUUCUUUAGCUACUGUCUGACUAUAUUACUUUUUGUUUGCAAAGGCUAAUUUAAGCUGACUCUGUGUCCUGUUGACAGAAAGGGCAGUAACUGAAAGCUAACUUUGAGAUAGUUUUUAGUCAGACUUGUGUGGAAACAUUUUUUUUUUUUUCCACCACUGGAUACUGUGAACAAAAUGUUUAAGUUGCAGCAUUUUUUUUUUUUUCCUGGUAAACGUUAAAGAACUUUAUAAACUUUUGGAGUAUCAAAAGGAUACAAUUUUGGAUCUGUCACAUUAGAGUGCUUUUUUUUUUUUUUAGUCUAGAAGACAAUAACUAUCAUUGUGGCCCAUAUAAAUUGAGUUGUGGUGACAAGAACUAGAUAGAGAUUUUUCUGUCUAGCGGCUAGCCUAUAUUCUUCUCAAUCUUAAGUUUGUCCUCAAGUGACAACAUCUUGCCAUUAAAAAAAAAUCUGACAGUAUUAAUAUCACUGUGGUAGAAUCUUUUUCUAGAAAGGCUAUAUAAAAGUAAUGCACGUUUGCUUGUUCUUUAUGCAAAUUAAUAUAUUUCCCAUGAUGCUUGCAGAGCUCCUAUUUGGGAAAUUCACUGAACAAACAAAGGCCAAAAUGACUCCUUUUUAUAGCCAAAUGUUUCAUUUUCACUUUAAAGGGACUCUGUAGGCACCCAGACCACUUCAGCUCAUUGAAGUGGUCUGGGUGCCAACUCCCAUCACCCUUAACCCUGCAAGUGUAAUCAUUGCAGUAUUUAUAGACUGCAAUAUUUACCUUGCAGGGUAAAGUUCUCCUCUAGUGGCUGUCUACCAGACUGCCGCACAUGCGCUUUAGGUCUCCCCCGCUGGCGGAGCCUGACCCAGCGCUGAGAGACAUCGGCACUGGAUUCAGGUAAGUGUCAGCGACGUGGGAUGGGGGGCACGUCAGGAUCCUCUAGUGCCAGGAAAACGGGUUUGUUUUCCUGGAACUGGAGAAUCCCUUUUAAGAAACAUCGGGAAAAGUAUGCAGAUUUGUAUAGAGAAACACUUUAAAUAAUUAUUCAAAAUGGUGGCACAUAACAAUAUUAAUUUAGUCAGCAGGCGGAAAUUGGUUUUAUAUAUGCCUCGGCUUCUUAUUAGACAAACGUGCUUCAGUGCUGUUUAAUUGGAUAAACACAUUAUAAACAUUAUUAGGAAACAAGACAGUUAUCCUCUAGAUGUAAUUUUCAUCGGGACCUAACAGAUUAUGACUGAAAUAGAUUUUUUAUACAUACAGGUUAAAAGUGCAAUAUUUAUGACAGCUACCUUUUUUUGUGAAAACAUAUAAGCUACUGUCAGCUUGCAUUUCUUUAGCCAUACAAAGCAAGGAAAACGACAUGAACAAGUGUGUACAUGUGUUAAUGUUAGAUAUUUGCAGUACUAUUUAUGAAAAUGAGAGAGAGAAAAAAGUAAGAGUCUAAAACAAGGUUUUGACCCGCCCAAAAGCUCCCUUAAAGGGAGACUAUGUAUACAAUAUGUAAAUAAAAUCUCCGUAUGAUUGUGCUUUGGAACAAAAGAUUAACUUUUACAAAUUUACCCUAUCAAUAUAUGCUUGUUUCAGGGGAACACUCCUAUAACAAAAUCUCUAGUUUCUCUCUUUGCAAAUAAAUAAAAUAAUAAUAAUAAUACUGACUUUGAAAAUUCCCAAAAUGGCAACAUUUGCACAGUCACGCAUUUACAACAAGCAGACAUCUACAGACCAGGAAGAGGCUGCACCAAUCAGAAACCUCUCAUUUUGGUCUACUGAGUUCUUUUUUUUUUUAUCCCAACGUAUGUACAGCAGGGGUUUAAGGAAUUUUAUAGUUCGUUCUCUAGCCACAGUUUCACUCAUCACUUAGGAUGAGUGGUUCUUUCCAACACAGCUACUAUUGAUUUAUUCCUGAUCUGUCUCUUUCCGAAUCCAGAAGGAAAAGAUAAAUGUUUUUGGUGUGUCCACCCAAGCCCACACAUAAGUUGCAUGAGUCUUGGAUCUUGUGUCUUGGAUGAAAAAUCUUCAUUUGAAGUCACUGAUCUAUGGUCAAUCUUAUAUCUUGCAUAGUUCCAUGGACUGGAAAGACACUUGCGUCCAUCAAGUUCAGCCUUCCUCUCAUAUGUUUUUGCUGUUGAUUAAAAAGAAGGCAAAAAACCCAGUCUGAAGCACUUCCAGUUUUGCAACAAACUAGGAAAAAAUUCCUUCUUGACCCCAAAAUAGCAGUCAGAUUAAUCCUUGGAUCAAGCAGCGAUUACCCCACUAAUUAGAAAUUAUAUUCAUGUAUGUUAUGUUUCUAUCUAGAAACAUUUUGACAAUUCACUCUAUGCAUAAUUUACUCUCAGCAAUAAGGUGAGGAUGAAACGUUUCUGUGCACCAAAAUGUAUGCACGGAGAAUAGAGUGACCCCUUGACAAUCAAUAUGGCUAGGUUUGGCAGUCUGUCAUUGUUUGCUCUGAAAUCAGUCCACUUUAUUACUUUAUUUUCAUUGCUGGGAAGCCUGCAAUGCUUGCUAGAGAUACUCUAGCUGUCCAUAAUGAUUUAAACUUUACUUUGCAAGUUUUUAAUAUGUAUGCUCAAUCUCACCCUGAAACUGGCAAUGCGAUCAAGACAAGUGAUUGUUAAAAAAUUUUUUUAUGGAAAUGGAAUGGUUAUACAGACCUGUAGUUUUAAAAUGCUUCGGAAAAUGUGUUUUCAAUUUGUAAAUAUUAAUGCGUGCAUUGUUUAAAAACCAUUAACCUUGUGUUGGCAAAAGCAGCAGUUGGUUUAACUUGGGAGCCAACAGGUGAUAAGAAUGGGUAACGUUAAGUGGAUAACUCUGCUUGCCAAUUUGUUUCUAGUCUGGCAGCUUUUGUUUUUCUGUAGAUCAUGGUGUCCAUUUUUGACUCUCUGUUAUAGUUGGACUAAGUUUCUUACCUGCUGACAAUGAAUUAUGGGAAUUGUAGUACGGCAGAUGAAGAACAUAUGUAGGAGACCCUUGAUAAAAACAAGCAAACAGCGGCUAUAUAACAGAAAUCAUGUAGUAAUGCAGACAUGUUUCCGUUUAAAUUGUAUUUGAUUUGGUAUAUGUGCCUUGAAUUGGUGUGAGUUAUCAGACUUACAAAAUGUAGGCCAAAAUAUUCAAGGUGUAUAUUUACCCCCCACCAAUACACUAUUUUAUUGCAAUGUUUUUGAAUGUGUUGUCAGCUCAGCAUUAAAAAUUAGCAGAGCAUUGUGUAGGUGUGACAGUGUCUAUGACGUUGUGCUACGAUGCUGUAGUUCAGGGGUACGCAACCUUGGGCACUCUAGAUGUUGUGGACUUCAUGCUUUGCUAGCAUUAUGACUGUAAGUGCAUUAUGGGAGAUGUAGUUCACAACUUCUGGAGCGCACAAGGUUGCCAAUUGUUGCUCUAGCUGAUAAUUCAGAAUUUACAUUAUCCUUGUCAAGGUAAUCACAGUGUAGGCACAGUCGGCUGAUUUUUAAAUAUGAAAAAAAUGAAUUAAUUUAUAGUGUAGUGAAAAUGCAUUAGUGGAGUUGCACCUAUUUGUUGUGCAAAUAACCAAAGAGCAAAUUGUAUUUUAUCGAUUGUUUUAGUUGUUGGUCAUUGAAAUGUAAGAAUGGGGGUGAUGCGUGCCUUUCACCAUCUGACACAGUAGACACCAUGGUUCCGGUAUUUACAAAACAGACAACCUCCUGGUUUCGCACAUUGCCAUUUCUGUACAGAGAAUGGUCCAAUAAACAGCAACAAAAAAACAAAAAACGGCAACAACAUCCACAGAAGGGCACUUCUAAAAAACAUCUUUUUAUCAAGAAAGAUCACGGAAGAAUGUCCAGUCAGUUUCAAACUAAACGAAAGGCAAAAAUUAUCAUACAUGAACGAUGGGUAGGAAGAAGGGCAUCUUUUGAAGUGCAAAAGGUCAGCUGAAGGCUUUGAUGAUGCUCACUCCAAGAACAGGAAGUUAAGGAUAUAAUGGACAUGUAGUCAUCAAAUCUGGACAACCGAACUGUGAAAAAACGUUAUCUAGGUGUACAACUUUUUAUUUAAGCCAUGUAAAGAGUAUGGUCAGAAAUGUUGCAGAGAAUAUUAGGGCAUAUUAUUGCGUGCCACCAGUAUAGGCUAGUCUUUUGAGUAUCACUGGUAUGUCAUGGUGUACCUAAGCAUUGUUACUUGCAAGCUGAAUCUGUUUAUGGACAGAAUCUAUUUGUUUUAAUGUAUUAGUAUCUCAAGCAAGAUAAUGCACCAAACCAGUUCUUAAAACUUGACAGAGCUUUUAGUUUACUUUGACUUGCGCAGAUUUUGAAAUAAUAUAAAAGUAUAUGAAUAAAUAUAUGUCAGAACAAUCUGCAGAAACUGUGUGGUGCUAUUGUGUGAACAUCCAUAAUCCAAGAAUCCAUGUUUUAUAUAAAACUAACCUGUUCUUGAUGCAAAGAGGGAACUACCUAAUAUUUAGACAUAUAUACCUAAUGAAGUAACUCUUGAGUGUUUAAUACAAUAUAUAGACAUCAAUUGCCUGGUUUCUAGAUAAAUAUGGUUGGCUUUUCUAUAUGUCUUUUCAGACUUCUAAACGGUAGAAAGUCUUCUCAAACUCUGAUCUGCAAGAAUUAAAAAAAUAUAAACUACUACAUCCUAUAUAUCUGAGAAGUUUCUGAGUUAGCUUUUUUUUGUAGCAAUGCCCUUUGUUGCCCGCUCCCUUAAACAUAACGAUUUGUCUCGCAUGAAACCCUUAGGAUUUUAGAUGGAUCAAUCAGCAUAAAAUGAAUCGCAAAUGGUUCCAUGCCAGAUAAAUAAAAAAACAAAGUUUAAGGAAAAGUGCAAUGAUAGUACGUGUCAAGUUUCCAGGCCUCUAAACUCCAGCAAAAUGGGCAUUUGACAAUGUUUUGCGACUUAGUGAUACGUCUUCGGUCAUGCCUGCUUGUUCAAUGAUUACUCAAUUCAGAAUAUCAUUUUACGUGUUGAUCAGUACUUCAUAUUUGGCUGCAGCAGUUGGCAAGUUCCUGUAUAGAACAAUUUGUAGUGGAUUCCGAAGGGGGUACAUUUUGCACAAUUUUGAGAUCAGUGUACGUAAAUAAUUCCUAGAUAUCCCUAACAAUGUUGUUACCUUUUUUUGUUAAAUCCUGAACUCUGGCUAUAAUUGUAAGUGAUACACAUAUAAAAUGUUUGAAGCUUUCAAGGAGGCCAAAGAAGCUGCUGUUUAAAGGGGAACUGUCAUUCCCCAUGUUUUUUUUAACAUUAUGCUUACUUAUCCCUACAUUUAACAAAUAUGUAUAUGUAAGUUGUGAAAAAUAAAAUUAAAUGUAUUAGUCGACACUUCUUUGUCCUGCAAUUGGGUGACAAUCUUAGCUCCCCAUCAAUCAUUGUUUUUAACUCUGUUCUUUAAACCUGGCAGUCUGCAUAGAGAAAACUAAAGUAGUAUAAUCUCGUCAUUUGCAAUGCUUGCCCUAGUUUUGCCUCUCUGAGAUGGAUAAAGAAAAAUUAGCAUCUUGUGAAAAAAAGUUAGGCAUUUUUAUUAAAUUACAUAAAUUCCAGAAAAAUCCCUUUAAGUGACAAUUUUUUUUUUAAUUGACAACUAGCAUUUUAAGACAUCACCCUAAAGUAACCUGAUCACAUGCAUAAAACAAAACUUAUAUUUAUAACACAAUUAAAGAAAAAGUCUGUAUAUUGUGUUUAAGUAUUCUGUAAAAAGUUCGGCACUUUUAAAGUUGUUUUAGUUGACACACAUAGCAUUACAGUACCUCUCUUAUAAUUACGGAUCUUACCAUGCUAUUUGUACAUCAGGGAAAAUGAUUUAUUUCCUAUCCCUCCCAUAUGUCAUACCUGCCAAGUGAUUCCAGACCCUGGUGGUACAGUAAAAGUUAAUUUGUAUGUGUGAUACCAUGUCCUGAUUUUACCUAGUGAUUAGAGUGAUAUAGAAAGGUCCUGUCGUAUUAUUGACAUUAUUCAAAUUCUUUUAUAUUUAUCUCUCCAUAUUCACAGGUGGCGAAAGUAGAAUAUGUAAGAAAAAAACCCAAAUUAAAAGAAGUUCUUGUGAGAUUAGAGGAGCACCUGGAAUGCACUUGUACAGCAAAUUCAAAUUCAGAUUAUCGAGAAGAGGAAACUGGUGAGUCUCCAUUUUGAUUUGCGUCUGUCACUUUGGUUGUUAUGGAAACAUCUGCUGAAGAUGAUAAAAGAAACACGUCCACCCCAAAACGCGCUAUCAUAGACACAAAACCCAUCUCAUCAACACUUUAGUGUUAAAAAUUAUCAAAACAAAUGAAGGGGAUAAAAGAGAAUCUUGUGUAUUGCUGUUUCUCUGAGAUAACAGACCUCCAUAUCUAUUACAAACCCUCCUGAACUUUUAUUGCUGUCUCCAAUGCACUUUAUUAACCAACUGUUAUCCCUCCCUCCCUCCACCCCCCCAAUUCUUGCUGUGCAUUUCCCUGCUGUAAGGCUUUUUUUUACAACCCCCCACUUUGUGGAAAGGAUAAGCCUAGCACACCUCUGUUAUGAAUGGAGUAGUCUAGCUUCAUUUAAAGCUACAGUGUUUCUUCCGGUCUUCCUCAAUAUAUUGUACUGUUUACAUACCGAUAAUGGCUUAUUUGUGAAUUACUGAAACACGUGAUACUUACAGUACACACCUGCUUUCUUUAUAACUUCAAGGUCAUUUUCAGCUAACAGUGCUGAUUACAAAGCCUAUUUACCACGUUGUUAUGGAAUAUAGUGAGCUGAGUCACAGGUUUGUAAUGUGCCUGCUGACAUCAGCUAUUAUACAAACACAGCUCGUGCACGUUGGGUGAAAACCAAGCCUUUUAAAGGAUUUUUUUUUUUUUUUAAUAGCAGUAAAUUGUGAACUUCACUAAGUAGCACUUGGGCUGUGGUAAUAUUUGUUUUACUAAAUUGAGCUGGCCACCUAAAGAAAAACUUUUCUCCCCCCCUCCCCCCCCAAUAAAUUAUCUCAACAUUUGGUCAUGCAGGUGGUUAGCAAGGAGUCCUGCACCAGUAACUUUGCUUUACUAUCAGUUUUUGUUAGGCGACACUCAUAAUGUGCAAACAUAAUCUUAACCUUUUGUUCUCUAGACUUGACUACACAAUGUGGGCUAUGUAUAAGGAGUCAUUUUAGAGCAAAGCUCCAAAAAUCAAGAAGCUAGAAGGGACAUAAAAUCCAUUUAUUUUGAGAACUUUGUCUUAGAGAUUCUUCGUGCAUUAUUUUAUUCCCAUUUCAAAAAUAACGGGUUGGGCAAACCUUAGGUUUUUUUUUUUUUGGGGGGGGGGGUUUGUGUCAGAAGAACUUACUUUUUUUUAAAUUUCAUUCCUGAACUGAAAUACAUUUCCUUAGGCCUUUUCACCAGCCCUACCCUUGUGUUAACAGGAAGGACUAGGGAAUCAGGUAAAAAACGGAAAAGAAAAAAACUAAAGUCAUCAUAAUUACCUGGUGGAUUUUAUUUUGCUCGGCAGGUAGGAACCCUGUAAAUGACAAUAACCUCAAAAAGCAAUCAAAAGAAUAAUGAUGAACCUAUAAUACAAACGUCCUAAUCAACUGCAUAUCACGUCGCCACAAUCACUUGUUUCAAUUUUGACACUUUGUUACCUUAAGGCUGCAAAGAUAUUAGCUAUGAUUGGCUUUGAUAAUUCUACCUGCUGGUAUUUUUCUGCAAGCUUCUUAUCACCCAUAAGCAUCAUGCAUUCCACAGCUGUUUUUUUUUUUUUUUUUUUUUUCUUAACCCACUUUUUGUAUUUUUUUUUUUUAUUUUUAAACUUUUCCUCUGCUUAUGCUUUUUUUUUUUUUCUGAUCUGAUGGAAUUUUCUGUAUAAUUUAUCAUCGCGGCUGAUUCGUGGGAUUACCAUGCAUGAAUGUGUCACAAGCUUAAUGUUAUUUUUUGUUUGUUACAGGAGUAAAAUAUUUUAGAUUUAAUCGUGGAAAUUGGAAAAGGUCUUGGAAAAAUCUGCUUAAUCGGUCCAUGAAAUGCAUAUAUCUUACAAUGUUAUUAUUUUUUUUAUCAUGUUGUCAUAUCAAUUUAUUACUCUCUUUAAAAAAAAUUUUUUAAAAAAAAUCUAGAUAAGGCCAUACCCACAAUUUAAAUAUAACUAAACUAACCAUUAAUUUUUUUUUGUUUUUAUCAAAAUGUUAAAAAUAAAUGAAUAAGUAACAUAUGGCGCAUUAGCCAAAGUCUCAUGAAUUAAAGGGAUACUCCAAGCACCAUAAUCACUUCAGUAUAAAAUGUUGCACACAGAGUUUAACCCCUCAGCAGAGGAAGGUGUACCUCCACCUCCGGCAAUGCCAUUGGGAAUUCAUUACCCAGUACGAAACAAGAGUUCUGGACUGGAUAAUGUCAAUUCUGGGCAACUUUUCAUGUACAUAAUUGCAUUCAUGGGCUAAGAGCGAUCAUCUGAUGCCCUCAACCAAUGAAUGGUAACAGGAUUGGCUUGUGGCUUCUGCAGUUCUGCAGAAGCCGGAAGCGCGCCACCAAUUCUGAGAGGUAACCAGGAGCCCAGUGAUGACCUAAGUAUGAGAGCCAAAACAUUUUAAACAAUUUGCCCUAUUACCUGUGAUCUGGGCCAAGAUACCCCUUGGAGGCACUUGUACAAUAUGUUUCAUGACAGGCAGUCCUGCCUAUUACACCUCCACCUACAGUCUUCUGGAGGUCUGGAUAAACAUGUGGAGAUAUAACAGAACACCACUGCUGAAUAUGCUAGCUUGUUACAAAUAAAUGGAAAUUAAUGAUAAUAGAAACCAUGCAGUUGUUUGCCUAACAAAUGACAAGUGGCAAAAUAAAAAAAUAGGCAAUCGCAGAAACUGUUAGAGAAAGAUUAAAAUUUAAAACAAGUUUGAAAAAUAUGAGGAGAAAAGAGAAUGGAAAAUAUUUAAUAAGGGGAUGGAUCUGGUUCAAAAGAGGUGAGCCUUCUGGAAUUAGUGGGAUUCAUGUUGGCCGACAAAAUAGGAGCACGAAUCCCAAAGCUGGACAAGGGUUUUUAACUGGGAGCCCUAGGCAAAACUUGGGGGGAGGAAUAUCCACCAAAUAUCUAUGCCAAAAUGGCAAUUUAGGUGACUACUGCGGGUUAGUGGCAUGUUGAGUCCCCGGCACUGAACACAGAUUGAAUUAAGUGGGAAUGAACGAACAUGUGCAAGGAGGGAGAUGAUAAUCUGGUACCCUACCUUGGCUCCUGUUUUUUGCAAUCAGACGUUUGAAUUCUGUAGUUGGUAACAAUAGACUAGGACCACAAAACUCACUUGUCUCUCUGCUGGGACAUAAAAUCAAUUUUCUGUUCUUUUUGGUGCAUUGAGUUGGUGUUACCAAACGUUAUUGGCUUAAUUAGUUUGUCUGUGUUGGAUGAUAAAAAGUAAAGGAAAAUGUGUUUAAAAGACAUGUUUUCAAUACAAAGAAUAGAUUUACAUGUACAUGGUUUAUAAUAUACAUGCACAUUUAUACUCUACACACUUCAGUAUGGGAAACAAAUGCAACCUUUCAUUUCGAUUUGUUUUGUGCUCAGUUGCUCUGAAUUUUCCCGUGUUUCUAAAGCAAAAGCGGAACUGAUCACUUGAAAACACAACACAAUCAGCAUAUUGCAGAGCAAAUCCCUAAAUGGGUGCUUUUGUUACUAAAACUGCAAAUAUUUGUUCUAGAGCAGGGAGGGAGAAGAAAUGACUGCAGUUUAACACAAAUAGAAAAAGAGUCGUAAGAGCAGACCAAAAGUUAAAAAAAAAAGUCAUUUUAAAAAAAAAAUGUUUUUAUUUAAUCCCCUUACUUUCAAAGCUAAUUCAGCCUGAAGAAGACAAUUCUAAUUCUAAUUAAAUAAGGGCCUAUUUUAGAAGUAAAGAAAUGGGGAACAUCAAAAUUCAUCUAAAUAGUAAAAAAAAAAAAUAGAUUUAAUUUGAAAAAAAAUAAAUUUAUAUAUGUACGUGUACAAAUUACUAGUAUUAAUGGCAGGGCUGUAUAUAAACACCUAAACUUGCCAUGUUUCUACUCCUAUAAAAUAAGGCAGAUCUAGGCAGGUACCGGGUUCAGAUAGUUAAAAAGAAAAAGCAAGUUCCACUUUAACUUUGUUCCAUGCCUCUCUCCGCAAUUCAUUAUUUGGGUGAUCCCAAUUCUCAAUCUCCUUCUGAGUGCAGAGGCUCAAAAUCAGAACCAGGAGCUUAUAUUAGAAAAAUGCCAUUUACUAGAGUGAAAUGCGAUCAUUUUUUCAGAUGGACAAAAUAUUAUUUUUUUAACCAUUUCUUUCAGGUCUACACAUGAUUAUCUCUUUAGUUAGAAUUUUAUAUAGAACUACUGAAUGAAUGCGUAACCUUGAUAAUUCAGAAGUCACACAAUUUUAGAUUUUAAUUUACAAGAUACUAUCAUGAUCACAUUACAAAAAAUUGUAAUCCAUAGUUAAACCUCUUACCCAAAUAAUAUUGGUGAGCACCCAUAUAUAAAUAAUCACACAUUUGUUAAUGUACCAAUAACUAGAAUUGGCAAUAUCCUACUAAGUACAAUGUAUAAUACAAUUCUGAAAUAAAACAAAUUUUCACACAAGCGCCAAAAAACUCAUCCCCCACAUGGAAGGGAAAUAGGGUAAUUAAAAACUUACAGCUUCAUAUUUUGUGGACUGACUAAGGGAUUAUUUUACUUUUUGCAAUUUCCAUUUUUUAUUUGUUCUGUAAAAGUGAUUUGACCUUUUUUUUUUUUCCCUUUCUAUCCUUUUGCAGAUGUGAGGUGAAAAUAAGCUAGACUGUUUCAUCUGGGACUCGGAUGUACACAACUUUGUUACAUUCCUGAAUCUUCCACGUAUGGUGCUUUAUUGACGGUUUUGUGUUUUGUUCUCUUGUGCGGAAAGACUGAAAUAAAUAAAUGAAAUAAAAUGGUUCAAAGGACACUCUGUGAGAACAAAGGAACAAUGUACAUUUUGUUUUAAUGUGACAUCAAAGCAAGUAUUGUAGCACUCUAACAGAGAAGAGACGCUUCCCCUGUCCGAAAAAAACAAAACUCGGCAACAAAACAAGAUGGCCGUUGGUUAAAAGGAUAUAUUUAAAAAAAAAAAAGUACUGAAAAUAUAGCAAGUAAAUAGAUGCAUAACGUUCAAGCAAUGGUGCUUUAUGUCAAGAGAUGUGCCUGCUUUUGCUAACGAAGAUGGAUGGCUAUUGACAGACACACGGCACAAAAGAGCCAGGAAUGUAUCAAAUGAACAAGUGUCUACACAGAAGCUACCGGAACAAUACAUCCUUGCUCAGUGGUGUUUAAUGUCUUCAAAAAAAAGGAAAAAAAAAUAUUAAAAAAAACCUGGGAAGCCUUAAGGAGGACUUAUUUUAUUUUUUCAUUUUUACUCCAUAAAGUAAUUAUUGAGCUGUGGGGGUAAUUUAAAUGUGGCUAUGUUGUUUUAGCACUUGUAAAACACCUGCUUUUAAAAUGAGUCAGUUGAUGCAGAGCAUGAGCUGACACAUUUUAAUAGCAGAGACCUUCAUGGUGUUUAUAGAUUUUUUUUUUUUUUUUUCAAUAAAGUACAUUCACUCUUGCUUGUUAAAGAUGUUACAAAGUAUUGUUUUGUGUGUUUUGUAAAAAAAAAAAAGUUGACAUUUUGCUGAAAGAGUUGUUGUCACCAAUGAGGAUAUAUGGGAAUUGGCCUAUUCAAAUAAGAUGUCCAAUUACUAAUAUAAUAAUAUGGCCGCAUGACAAAUUACUCGUGGGGUACUCACUAAACUGGAAAUUGCUGGUAAUUGACAGUGUUAGGUCAAAAUAGCUCAUAUGGAAAAAUAGGUUGUCAGAAUUGUUUCCAAUUUUGUCUACUUUGGCCCAAAAUUAGAAAUUUUCAGCUCAAUUACUAACCGUUCCUAGUUAUACAAAUGACCCUGGAAAGGACCCCAGAUUUCUGUUUGACAUAAUUUGUAAGACUGUCACAAAAAUUAUAAAUUGAAAUUGCAAAUUCAAAAUUUAAAACUUUAGUGUCAUUUUUUGUAACGGAACAUUGAAUAUGUUCUUAAAGUAAAAACGAAAAAUCAUACGUGUAUUUUUACAUAACUGCAAGAGUGAAUUGACUUUAAAUGAAUCUUCCUCGGUCCCUGUUAUCAGAAUUUUUUUUCUUAUCCAAUAGAGAUUUAUCGCAGAGAAAACAUAUACAAAAAAACGCUAUGACUCUAUAGAAUUUUUCCUCUCGUAGGGAGGUAAGCUAAUGAAUUGUAUUCAAAUAAAAACAAAACAAAGGUAUACGUAGUCCUUUUUUUCCUCUACUUUUUGUUUCAACUGUGUCUGCAUAAUUUAAAUAAUUUUAAAUAAAAUAUUGUACAUUAAUAAAUCAUGGGAUAUCUGUACAACGUCAAACUUGUGCCAGUUGCCUAAUAGUGCUAUUUUCUUUUUCUUGCAAUUUUGUUAUGUCAUCAUACACAGUAAACAGUUGCCCAUUGCCAGAACGUGUGAAAUGGACAAUUUAUUCUUGUAAUUGCAUUGUACAAUGUCACAGUAGCAACAAGAGUAUUUGCUACUUGUAUUUCAACAAAUUCUAAAUUCUUUAUUUUUGGUAAAAAAAAAAAAAAUAUGCUUUAUGUGUAUUCAACAGAAAUGUGUUCUUUUUUCUGUAAAGUUGAAGUUUGUAUUUUUAUCUAAAAUUAACAUUUUUAUAUAAUUAAGAAGGCCUGAUAUGUUUUCUUGAACCAAAAAUGCAUCAUGUAGUCAUAUUUUUGUAGAGCCAUGUCCCUAACAUUCACAUAUUUUGAGCUACAGUAAAUAUAUGAGCACAAAGUGUAUGAUAGCUUAUGUUUAACUGCUGUGAUCACAGUCACGAUUGUCUCCUUUUGAAACUUGUUCUUUAUCUUGUGGCCUGAUUCUGAGAAAAAGGAAACACUAGACUUAAAUUAUCGAUAAGUAAUUGUUGCUAAUGUAGCUGGCCUCUAAAUGCCUUUGUGUAUGGCAAAGAAUUUAAGACUAUUUUAGACACCACAUAUGAUUUUCAGUUUUCCUUUAUAGAUAUAUUAAUUCUGGUGAACACCUGGGGAAUGUAUGUAAUUAAAAAAAAAAAAAUUAGCUCUAAUUUUUAUAUAGAUGUUUAGCAUAAUUCCCGAAACUUUACAGCUGCACCAAACAGUAGCUUGUUUUCCUGCAUGCUAACUGAAAAUGGAAAAUAAAUAUUUAUGAAUUUCCUCCUAUAUAGAUGGAUAUACCUAAAUCUUUGUUUUUCAUUCUUAAAUGAUCAGACCUCCUAUCAGAUCUCUCCUCCAUGAGGCCAACUCUUUGCGCAAGAGUUUGUCCAUCAGUUAUACACUUAUCCAUUUGUCUAUGACCAACCUAAACUUGAUAUCAAGGACUUAAUUAUUUAAGAAUUAAUGUCUUAAGUAUUGUUUACCCAGUAUCUACAUAAAUAAAAUAUGUGUUUUGUUCUUUAAUCCCGCAUACCAUACAUUUAACUCUGACAAGUCCCUUUCCUAAAUUUUAGCCAUGGUGACCUGUUCCUGGCUGGAAUACUCAUGUCUACCAAGCACAAAAAGAAGGUAUUUUCCUGUGAGAGUGUAGAACAGAAGUAGGCAACCUUUGGCACUCUAAAUGUUAUGGUCUACCCCUCCCACCCUCCAAUGCUCUUAUGACCUUAUUGCAGGCAAAACAUCACGGGAAACAUAGUCCACAAGAUCUGGUGUGCUGAAGGUCGCCUACCCCUAAUGUAGAAGACAUUUUGGUCAGAACAGAUUUAUUGUAGCAUUCCUGUAUGACUGUGGCACAUCUAACUUUUUUUAAUGUGGGUUAUCUCAAAGUAGAACUCAUCCGUACCCAGUGUGGUAAGCAGGUAUUUAGUGAGCUCUAUCAAAUGUGCGCAGAAGUCUGAGGUAGAGGGGGGACUAUAUUCCUUAGGAUUUUAAGUCAAACAACCAAUAUGCUUUUACAGAAUGUUUGUUUUCUGUAUCUUCAUGCCUAGAUACACUAUAGAGGUGCCUUGAUGAUAACUUGGGAUAUUGCAGUAUUUACAAUUACUGUUAAGAAUGAAGCUAAUUUUAUUUUUAGAGAAAGAGUAGAUGUUCUAUAACCUACUCAGGCUGUGUGCCACCUGUAACAUUUCUAGAAGACAUUUUAGCCGGGUUCCUGUUGAGUGUUAGUUGUUGCAAUUCAAAUUGACAUAUCCUAUACUUAAAAAAAAUAAAAAAAUAAUAAUUAAACCUCAAUAUAUUAAAAUGAAAUGAAGGUGUCAUACAUUUUCAGAGCUGUUUUCUGGAGAGAGAAAUGCAUUUAGUUGUAUAUAAUCCAGAUGAGAGAGACCUUUCCCCACUUUAGUGCAUGAGCAACAUGGAAUUUGUCACACCUAUAUAUUUUCUCAAAAUGCUGCCUCUUUUUUUUAAUCGUUGGUUAAGUAUUUUGCCAUGGAUUGCACUGCUGCUGUUUGAAAGACAUCUUUGAGAAUUGCAGAUAUCUCUGAUGAAGACAGUAUCUGUGUGGCAAAAACUACAAUUCGUUUUAAUUGUGGCUCCAAAAAUGGCAUAUAUUAUAUAUCAUGAAAAUUGAAUACAGAAGGCCACCUGAGCAUCAUGAAUAAUGUAAUUCAUGGACAAUAAUUAAACGUAAAACAUUUCUAGUUCAUUCAUUUUUCCAAAAUUAGCUGUUGAGACUGGCUCCAUAUCUCCAACAAGAUACUGAAAACCUGCAUUGUUGAUUGAAAAUUCCGUAAAGGAACUCAAUGUAUUAAUUCAGCAGCAUCUAUUGCUGAUAUACAUCUCCUAUGAUCCUAUGCUAGCAUUAGCUUUUGUGUGCAGGAUUGUGUACAUCAUAUUUUGGAAAAAGCCAGAGACUUGAUUAUUUUUGCCACAUUAAAUAGGUUUGAGAAAAGGGUAGAUUUCAGUGAAAAGGGAAAGAUCAAAUUUAUUAAAAAAAAACAAAGCUAAAAUACUUCCAACGGCAAAAUAUUUUAUUAUUCAAUAUUUUAAAAUAAAUCAAAUAAAACACAUAAUUACAACUAUGUAUUGUAAUUUUUUUUAAUCAUAAAUAUUUAAUAUGAUGAACAAUGAAGGUUUUCUUUAAAACAGUUUUACAUUUCUUUUGAAUACAUUUUCAACAACUCUUUGUUGUACUGCUUGUGCACCAAAGACAGACACUCUUUUCCCUUCAUUAUAAUAUUUUAUUUGUCGUUCAUUCCCAACUAAGUUAAAUUCUGCUCCAAAACUGGAAGUGCGUGUAUUAAAUUGUUUGUGCUCUUUUGCAAUUAAGUGUACAAUUCAUAAUGUUAUGCACAUGGAUGUAUGUGUCUGCGUACUAGAAACAAAAAGAAAAGCCUGUAAAAAAAGUGUAAUUUAUAUAUUUAUGUUUCUCGGUGGGAUGCCAGUUAUGUUGCUAAAUUUGUUUAUUGCCUACAAGAUAUCUAAUGACAAAAGCUUUGUAUACCCAUUAAAAUGAUGUAGAUGGAAUCUGUGACUUCGGCUUUUGACAUGGAGCCAUAUUUUUGUCCACGCUGUCCGUCUUUAGACCUUGGUCAAGAACACUCUUUGGUCAGAACCUUGCACAUGAGUACCAAAUAUGGAACCUUUGGUUACACAUUAGAUUAGCUAUAUGUACAAGUGAUUCAUUGAAGUGUUGAAGGGAAUCUUGGUUAAUAUGAAGAGUGCUUCAUGAGCAUAAAUAUUACUUUUUCCACAUUGUCACGUGUUGCGAAAGUCAUGCAAGGGGUUUCUCCUUUUCAUGAAUCACUGGUAAGUAAGGCAAAAUAUACAUGUUACAGAAUGCAUCAUAUGGAUUUAAUAUGCCUUCAAAAGA